CCUCCUGGAGGAGGGGAGCCUCUCCCUAAGGGCCUCCUGGGUCCCCCGCCCCCCCAGCCUCCCGGCCGGGCGUCUGCAGGCCGCUCCGACACCGGCCGGAGGGGCAGGGCCGGACAGGACCGGACAGGACACGGCUGGACCGGACCGGACAAGAUAGGACCGUUCAGGACCGGACCGGACACGGCUGGACCGGACCGGACAAGACAGGACCGUUCAGGACCGGACAGGACAAUAUAGGACCGUUCAGGACCGGACCGGACACGACAGGACCGUUCAGGACCGGACCGGGCAAGACAGGACCGUUCAGGACCGGACCGGGCAAGACAGGACCGUUCAGGACCGGACCGGACAAGACAGGACCGUUCAGGACCGGACAGGACAAGACAGGACCGUGCAGGACCGGACAGGACAAGACAGGACCGUUCAGGACCGGACCGGACACGACAGGACCGUUCAGGACCGGACAAGACAGGCCAGUUCAGGACCGGACAGGACAAGAUAGGACCGUUCAGGACCGGACCGGACAGGACCCGGCUGGACAAAGCAGGACCGUUUAGGACCGGACAGGACCCGACCGGACAAGGCAGGACCGGACAGGACACGGCUGGACAAGGCAGGACCGGACAGGACACGACUGGACAAGACAGGACCGGACCGACAGGUCCCGGUUUCCCGGAGCCGCUGCGGCCCGGUCCUGUCCGGCGCCAAGGGGUGAGGACGGACGGUGAUGCCGCCGGUGCGGCGCCGCUGGCCCUUGGGGCUGUGACCCCAAACGCGGAGCGGACCUCCGCCCUGCCCUCCCUUCCUGGCCGGGGGGGGGGGGGACGGACGGAGGGAGGCUGACCGUCCUCCGGCCGCCCCUCCCGGGGUCCGGCCCCUCCAUCGCGGCCCAUCGCGGCCGCCCCCGGCCAUGGGCGGGCCUGGUUUCCCCCGGUAAAGAUGGCGGUGCGGGCUCGCUGCUCCCUUUAGCCCCAUGACUGUCCGCAACAUCGCCUCCCUCUGUAACAUGGGCACCAAUGCCUCGGCUCUGGAGAAAGACAUCGGCCCAGAGCAGUUUCCCAUCAACGAGCACUACUUCGGACUGGUCAACUUUGGGAACACCUGCUACUGUAACUCGGUGCUGCAGGCCCUGUACUUCUGCCGCCCGUUCCGGGAGAACGUGCUGGCCUACAAGGCCCAGCAGAAGAAGAAGGAGAACCUGCUGGCCUGCCUGGCGGACCUCUUCCACAGCAUCGCCACCCAGAAGAAGAAAGUGGGGGUCAUCCCGCCCAAGAAGUUCAUCUCCAGGUUACGGAAAGAGAAUGACCUCUUCGACAACUACAUGCAGCAGGACGCCCACGAGUUUCUGAAUUACUUGCUCAACACAAUCGCCGACAUCCUGCAGGAGGAGAAGAAGCAGGAGAAGCCCAACGGGAAACUGAGAAACGGUCACCUGAGCGAGGCCGGGGAGAACGACAAGUCGGAACCGACCUGGGUCCACGAGAUCUUCCAGGGGACGCUGACCAACGAAACGCGGUGCCUCAACUGCGAAACGGUCAGCAGUAAAGACGAAGACUUUCUGGACCUUUCUGUGGAUGUGGAGCAGAAUACGUCCAUCACUCACUGCCUGAGAGACUUCAGCAACACGGAGACCCUGUGUAGCGAGCAGAAGUAUUACUGCGAAACCUGCUGCAGUAAACAGGAGGCCCAGAAAAGGAUGAGGGUGAAGAAGCUCCCGAUGAUCCUGGCGCUCCACCUCAAGAGGUUCAAGUACAUGGAGCAGCUGCACCGCUACACCAAGCUGUCCUACCGGGUGGUCUUCCCGCUGGAGCUCCGGCUCUUCAACACGUCCAGCGACGCCGUCAACCUGGACCGCAUGUAUGACCUGGUGGCCGUGGUGGUGCACUGUGGCAGCGGCCCCAACCGGGGCCAUUACAUCACCAUCGUGAAAAGUCACGGCUUCUGGCUCCUGUUUGACGAUGACAUCGUCGAGAAGAUCGAUGCUCAAGCCAUUGAGGAGUUCUACGGCCUGACGUCGGACAUUUCCAAAAACUCCGAGUCCGGUUACAUCUUGUUCUACCAGUCCAGGGAGUGAGUCUCCGAGCUGCCGGAUCGCAUCCCGGGGCCGGGGGCGGGGGGGGGGGCGUCGACACAGACCCCCGCCGCCGCCCAAGUCCCAAAGACCCUCUCCUCUGACCUCCGCCGGAUGCCGCUCGUGGCAUCUGCGGGCGGCAGCGGCGUGGAUAGCCGGGGGCCCUCUCUCCCGGGAACGGCCGGCCAGCCUGGGCUUCGGCCUCUGGCUCCUAGAUGGUGGCGGCAGGGUGGACCUGGGCCAGCGGUGGGAGACCGGGGCGGGUGGGACCCCACCCGAGCGAGAGCAAGAACCAUCGGCCUUCCGCCCACCUUCCGCUCGAGAACCCGGCAGUCGGCGUGACGACGUUCCCCAAGUCUGAGCCUCCUCAGCCGGGCUCCGGGCUCCAAGCGCGCCUAGACCCGUGGCCUUCCGAAGAUUCCAGACGCCGGGAGACGGGGAAACGCCGCCGUGACCGUCCCAUCGGGUUGGGGCCGGCCACUCCAGACGUUCCUUCCGAGCCCCCGCCAAGAGGGUCUGGGCGGCCCGCGGGAGCGUGACCCGGGGCCGACUUCUCCGGGGAGCCCAGGGACCAGCGCAGCGGGAAGAGGAGCCGGGAGGGAGAGAUAGGGCCGGUUUGGGUGCGGGGCGCGGAGGCCGCGCCGAGGUCUCCCGCACGGAGGGCUCCUUCAGGGGUCCGGCCAGAGGAGACCCCAGAAGAAACCUCAGCUCGUUCUAUUUCCUCCUCCCGUUUUGUAUUUCUCGUGUAUUUAUUAGAAGGCCCGUCACCCGGGACCUUUCUGCCUAGGGGGCGGCUGUGAUGUGGACAUUUGGCCAGGAUUUUGUUGUGCUCCCCUCUUUUCCUCCUCCCCUCCGACCCCCGCCGCAAAUGCUACCUGUAGCGCUUCUGAGUCCAGCACUCGGCUUCUGUCCAGCUGAGGUCCCGGAGUCCCUUAAGCUAAAAUCUACUGUGAAUGGGAUCUGGUUUCGUCACCUUACCCGCCCCCCGGGCGCCGGCCGAGGCCGCAGGGUGGACUGGCGUCCGGCAGGCAGCAGCCGAAGGCCCAGUGGCCUCUAAAUAGGUCGGCACUGCAGGCGAGACAAGUGGGUCCCCACGUCUACAGCAUCCGCGGCAGGGGUGGGAGCCAGAAAGCGGCGAUGCCAGGGAGCCUUGCCUUUGCUCAGGAUCCACACCCGAGGAUCUCCCGGCCUCUCUGGGUUUCCCAAAGGAAUGGCCGCUGGGAAUUGGGAUUUCUGCUAGCCUGGGAAUGGUAUUUACUGAGCACCUCCCGUGUACAGAGCACUGUACUGAGCACCUGCUGUGGGCAGAGCACUAAAUGGGGUGCGUACUGAGUGCAGAGCUCAGUACCGUGUACGUGCCGGGCACAGAACACCGUACUGGGCAUCUACUGUUUGUGCAGAAUACUGUACCGGGCAUCUCCUGGGUGCGAAACAUUGUUGGAGCGCCUGGGAGAGGGCAAUAGGAAAUGCACUUUCUAAUGGGAAGAGGACUCGUGUGGAAGGAACGUGGCGUGGAGGGAGAGGCCGGAUCACGUCCGCUGCGGAUGACGAUUUGCUUUGUGGGAAAGGUGAUUAAAAACCCUAUUUGAAUGUC